GGCGUCUGGUAGAUAUGUAUAUGGUACUCUGUCUUUUUAUCGUCGAUGAAGUGUGGGCACGUUGCACAAGGUAGUUACAGUUGCUUCUUCUUGGGUUCUUGCGUCUUGAGCGUGGGGAAAGGGAAUCUUGACGGGCUCGGCCGGUCUACAACGGCGAGCCGCCGACGGGGCACGGCUGAGGCACGUUCGCAUGCGCGUCGAACAUGACGAAGCCGCCGUCGGCGAUCUGCACGAAGAUGUCGUCGCCGCCGGCGGUGUGGGGCACCAUUUUCUCGAUGCGACUUUUCACUACUCUGAGCCUGAGAGGUCCGUAGGAGGCCCUGACGUCUCUACGCGUCCGCUGGCACGAGGUAGCUGAGAGUAUCGGCGAAGUUUAGGUAGGCCUUAGGAUCACUUGACGCAGAACAUACCGUACCUAGAGGGAACGGCAAUAUAACGGACGCGGCAAUAUAAGGGACGGCCCGGUUAGGCAAUAUAGGACUACUCUGGGGGACUCAGAUGUAUGGGAGAUGGCUCCUGGCUGUCCGGCCGCCUUCGCUUCUCCGCGCUGCUGUGUGUGCUGCCUGUGUACAACAAACAACGAACCAUACUCUUUAGUACGCGAGGAUGUUUGCAUAGCGGCACCUGCUAGCAGACAAAGAGCUGCAUGUCCGCCCCUGCUCCGAGCCGGCGUUCGGCAGCUCUCGCCUUAGAGCAGUUGACUGCGGAGAUACGAUCCGAGCUAUAUCUUCUCUUGGAUGAUGUGGGUGGUCAAAUAUGCCUGGUCCUGGAUCGCGGCAUCGGCGGACAGCUGGAUCACGUCGUGCCUGGCGGUGCAGAGGCACUCCGGUCGCACGGCGUCCGUUUCGUGCGCUCACUGCGGCCAGAGCUCGACGCAGUGCGCGAACACCGAGUUGUGUAUCUCGUCCGUCCGACGGUUGCUGCGAUGAUGCUGAUUGCUGGCCACGUGAUGAACGAAAACAUGGCCGAGGUCACACCGCGACGGUUUCACGUCUUUAUGGUGCCGCGGACCACUGUCCUCUGCACACACGUGCUUGAGGAAGCGGGCGUUCUGCCGCACGUUCGCGUCGGCGCGUACCGCCUCGAUGCCAUUGCGCUCGACACCGACGUACUCUCGCUCGAACUCCCAGACAGCCUGCGCGAGGUCGCGGUCGAUGGCGACCCGACAGCACUCGAGUGUGUUACUCAAUUUCUGCUGCGUUUCGAACAGCUUUACGGGACACCGCGUGAAGUCCGGACGUUCGGCACAGCAGCGCGUGGCGUUGCUGAGCGCCUCGCGCGCGCUGACCUCCGGGCCGAGCGCGCGCGCUGCCGCGCGCGCAGCGGCGGUGAUGGGGUUGCUACCGCCGCGGGGCCGCGCGACUUCGGCGGCGUGCUGCCACAGUGCAACCUUAGCGACGCGGCUGAUGCGCGCGCGCGCCGCGACGUUGACACGUUGGUGAUUAUUGACCGACUUGCCGACCUCGUCACGCCCAUGGUGACGCCUCUCACCUACGAGGGGCUCGUCGACGAGGUGAUGGGUGGCAUCCACCACGGCUGUGCGCGCCUACCCCGCGCUGUUGUCGCGGAUGAUGCCGAUGAGACAGCUUCCGCCGCCGCUGCAGACGCCGACGGCGACCGCGUCGCCUACGCGCUCAACUCACGCGAUGCGCUCUACGCCGAGGUCCGCGACCUCAACAUCGAAGAACUCGGCGCUCGUCUGGGCGAUCGCGCCAAGGCGAUACGCGCAGCGUGCGACACAGCGUAGAUGUCCAAGUUCGGAGAUUAUCCCCGAUUUUUGUGGCUUCAGCGAGAUGCCCUGACCCUUAGUCCCAAUCGUGUCGAGAGGAUUCCCUUAGAGGCCGGUUUCGUACAGGUAUGACGCAUUCCGCGCCCGCCGCGACGCGUCCAUCACAGAGAUCCACGACUUCGUGAAGCGCAUCCCGGGCCUAGCGGCGGCGUACCGGAGCCUCCAGACGCACAUCCGCCUCGCGGAGUGCGUCGCACGCGCGACAGAUGCACGCGCCUUCCGCGCACGAUGGCAUGCCGAGCGGACUUUCCUCGAGGGCGAGCCCGCGUUCGACGUAAUCGAUGACCUCCUCGCGACGCGAGAGCCGCCAUUCUCGCUCCUUCGCCUCGCGUGUCUUGCGUCGCUCACGACGGGCGGCCUUCGCGCCGCGCGGCACGACGCGCUCCGCCGUGGCGUACUGCAGACGUAUGGCUUCGAGCUCCUCGGCACGCUCCACCACCUGGAACGCGUCGGCCUGCUCGCACGUGCUCGCGACGCGACGGCGGCAGGCCUCGUCCUCGGUGGUGGCGGCGCCCGCACGCCCUUUGCCGCACUUCGGCGCGCGCUGCGCCUUGUGGUCGCCGACGUUAAUCCACGCCAGCCGAGCGACGCCGCAUACGCGACACCCCGGCGUGAGGCGCUAGCUGUCUUCACUCAAGUUGCAUUCAAUUCGUAGUCGGCGCCCCGUGCCGGGCUCCCUGCACUGCGCGCCUAUACCUAAGCGGACCCCGGAUGGGAUAUUGCACUGCCCAGACUGAGGGGGACAGGCGGAAUUGUCACCGACAGAUCGCAUUUGCACAGGUUUCCUCGGGCUAUGCGCCGAUCUCAGUCCGCCUCGUCGAAGCGAUCGCCGCGCCGGAUGACGCCGCACUCGCUACGGCGCUCCCGCAAGUUCCCGGCCUCCCGCAUCUUGCAUAUGCACCCCGUGCGUUCUCGCGCGAGGAACUUGGAUGCGCGUUCGACGACGCCGGGGCGGGCGUGCUCGCCGCCGGCGCGCUGCACCGUGUUUCACCCGGGUCACCAGCGAGCCCCGGUGCCAAGCCCGUUCUGGUUGUUGUUUUUGUUGGAGGAGUGACGUACGCCGAGAUUGCAGCGCUGCGCCUGCUUUCGCGCCGGCCCGACUUUCCAUUCACCGUGCUAGUUGCUGCCACCGCCGUGAUUAACGGCGCCGGGCUCCUCCAAACUCUCGUGAUGGAAAUGGAAAAUAGCCUGCAGAAAACCCAUGCUACAGCCUAGCCUAGCAAUCGUCCAUUUGAAUGAAGGAAGUUAGUUUUAAUUUAUUAAUUAAGCGGGACCUGAGAAAAGGAACAAGCUCCUAAAGCGCCUUCAUCCUGCUUGGGGUAGGAUGCCCAAUCGAGCUUCAACUCGGACACGGCGAUAAGGUCACGGUCACGUAACUUGAACCGUCAAUGAACGAUAGAUGAUGACAGACACAGACGUAGCAUUUUUUACACCUUUCGAUAUUUUAGAGGUCGAUUAAGCCCCAUUUGCUGCGCUCACAGGACAACCGACCUCUGAUCUCCAAAAUGAUAUAAAAAACGACAAGUAGUAUAUUUAUAAACUUGGACGCUCUGAAUGUCACGGUGACGAAUAUAUUAAUAAUGCGCAACCUAUAUGCAUGAUCGCUAACCAGGUGAAGAUAAACCUUGGUUCGCACCAACAGUAUCUCAUCGGCGUCGCCAUGGCAAAACGACACCCAUGAGGAAACGACAAUCAAUGAAUCAUGAUGGCCUUCAAUUCAACUUGUGCCAGUGACACUCAAACCGCGCGCGGCCCGGGCCGGGUAGGGCGAAUUGAACCUAAGCGCUCGAGAACUCGUCACGCACUUUCACGGAGGCCUUUAAAGUAGGUUUUGGGGUCUCCUGGGCCGGUGGGCCCGCCGUCGCUGUCGCCCGCCCAUCGAGCUGGACCUUUAAAGGUCCAGCUCGUAUAAAACCUAACCCGCAC